ACUUUCAACUGGACCAUAAUAUUAUUAUUAGAAGAAUUUAAUUGGCAAUAAACAUUAAAUGUUAAUAUGUCAUACAUACUGGACGGUGAAAUGUGAAAAUCUUGUCAAUGCAAUGCCAUAUAAAAACAAUUAAACAAAUAUAUCCCUGUGGGCGUUUUUUCUUGUCAACUAGAAAAUGGAUGUAACAAAACACAGCGCAAAAGAUUUUCCGAGCCAAUUUAACGAUGAAAAUUUCACCCUUGUUGGAAGGGGAAGUUUUGGAGAAGUUCGAGUUUGUCGUCAUGAAUCAUUGGGUUCUGUAGCUCUCAAGCUGUUCUACAUUACUGGAGACAAGGAAAAAAUAGAAAAGGCUAAAAAAGAGUUUGAAAUUGAAGCAAAAGUCCUUUACCGAAUGAAUCACCCGCAUAUUGUCAAAUUCCUUGGUGUGGUUUCCCUCUUCCAGAUGGAUGGUAUUGUGAUGGAAUACAUGACAGGUGGAAACAUGGAGAGCCUCAUCAAAUCAGACAAAGAAUUACCAUUACAUGAGCGACUACGGCUUUUACAGGAGUUGGCAUCAGCCAUUAAACACAUACACACACACGAUAAGAAAAAAGCUUUUAUACAUAGUGACAUUAAACCUCAAAACAUACUUUUAUCGGAAAACCUGGAGCUAAAGCUGGCUGAUUUUGGUUCAGUGAACAUCAAAGAAAGUACAGGUGUUGGUACAUCAACAUUGCAUAUUCCUCAUUCCACGCAACAUACAUGGCCAUACACUGCUCCUGAAUUUCUCAGUAAUCUUUCCGAGAAGAAAACUACUGCUAUGGAUAUAUACAGCUAUGGGAUUAUAAUAUAUGAGUUGCUGACAAGAAUAGCAGCAUAUUCAGAUGCACUCGUUCCAAAAGAUGUUGCCCAAUGCGCUAUUGUUGCAAAAUGUGAGAGACCAAAUUUACAGCAAAUAAAUCAGGCAGAAAACGAUAUCAAACAAGACCAAAAACAGGAUUUGCAAAUUUUCAAAACUUUGCGUUCUAUGAUGAUAAGAUGUUGGGACCAAGAACCGACACUUCGUCCGAACAUUACACAAGUUUUAGAAACCCUAUCUGUUCCUAUGGAUAAACUUGAAGAAGCUACCAGCAUCCUUGGAAUAAAGGACAAACAAAAAUCACCUGAAAACAAAACACCAAUCACAAGUGUGACUAAAUCACACAAAAAACUAAAUAAAACCAAACUUGCACAAAAAAGCGAACCAGCGUACCAGCAACAUAAGCCAACACCCGUAAGCAAAACAGUACCGUAUGUGUCAAAACCUUACGCAUAUCAACAAAACAAUUUCUUUCCAGUUUACAAGCUCUAUGUUGUGAACAAAUCCAUCAACAAAAAAGUAAAAUUGGUCAAAGCGGACAUCACAACUUUAAAAGUGGACGCCAUCGUAAGUGCCACCAAUACAAGUUUAAUUCCAGGUGGUGGCAACCAUGUAGAUGAUGCUAUACACAAAGUAGCAGGGGAAGGACUCUUGCAGGCAUGCAUUAAGCUUUCAGGUUGCCCCGUUGGAGAAGCCAAAAUUACUCCAGGCUUUAAUCUUCUAGCUAAGCACGUUAUCCACACAGUAGGUCCAGUGGGUAUGGUGCGCGAUAAAUUACAGAGCGCAUAUAUCCACUGUCUUAAAUUAGUUCUCGACCAUGGUUUAAAGUCUAUUGCAUUUCCUUGCAUUUCGACAGGCAUGCAUGCUUAUCCUAGCUCCGAAGCUGCUAAGGUUGCUCUCUUUAUUGUGAGAGAAUGGUUAUCAGAACACCAUGAAAGCAUAGAUAGGAUUAUUUUCUGUGUCUACAAUGACCUGGACUAUGUUAUAUAUGAAGAGCUUAUGAAACAGUAUUUUCCUACUAAAACUGAGAAAGGGAAGUUUUAUUCAUCUUAAAUCGUGUGGAAGUGUCUGACACUCUAGUACAACUUUUUAUAACAAAAUAUUACUUUGCAUUUGCUUUUUAUGGGGACAACUCUGUGAACUCUGUAGUGCCAUUAGGCAAAAUAUUGUUGACUGCUGCCAACUUAGCUAAUAAUGCAUAACAUGACAAAUGCAGUUAACGGGCACGAGUAACAAAAUGCUACAUCGCCCUUUUUUGAAAUGCCGCUAAACCAUAUACAUAGCAAGGUGGGGUAAGACGGGACGCCUUUAGCACAUAUUACCCCGAUCCUCUUUUAAACAAUUACCGACGGUUCAUGCGAGUUGUGUGAAUACGGUUUUAUAAUUCUUUGUUUUCUACCAAAUGGGACGAAAAAAUGGUUGAAAGGAUCCCCCACCCUACUAUAUGUUCGUGACCAAAAUAUUUUAAUUAAUAAGUUCGUAUAGCAGUUAAAGUGUUGCUGCUGUAGUUUGCCAAACAGUGUCAUACGUUGUGUAGGCUACUAUGUUUUUUUGUGUUGAUUUUAUUCCUAAUUUAAACCAUAUUGAUCCCCUAAAUCAAAUUUAAUAGGACAAAAUGAAACUGUACGAAAUACUUCACUACAAAAUUGCGGGAGUUGUAAUAUAAUUCAGCAAGCAUUUAAAAUGAUCACCUUAUUAUUAUACUUUUUUUCCGGCAUUAAAAAAAUGCUGGUAUUUGCACACCGAGCUUUAAUAUUUAUCAACAGCAACCGCCAUUGCAUCGUACUUUGUUGGACCGUGAGAAUACUGUCGAAUAAUAUAUACUGUAACAUUUUUUCGUCCAUCGUCAAAUGUAUAGCCGUAAAAGGGGAUUUGAAAAUACCCCUAUUUUACUCAGAGUCCCAUCUUACCCACGCUACUAUAGUUCUAUUUACAUGAUUAUAAUAUAGCACUAAUGUAGUUACUAGAUAGCUACGAUUGUUGAAAUGCGUAGCAUAUAUCCUAGGCUAUACAUGAUAUCUGACUUUGCCAUUAUUACAACAGUUAUCAGACUUCCGACAGAUCGGAACCAUUUGCACCAAA